AUGAAGUCGUUGUUCACCGUCGCCGCCUUCAUUGCCUCCGCCUUCGCACAGACCGCGUGGAUCGGCAUACCCGCGGCUGGGAGCAACCUGACCGUGGGCAGCCCGCUGAACGUAACCGUCUCGCAAAGCCCGCCGAUGCUCGGGUUCAACCAGGUCGCGCUGGUCAUUGCGAUGCAGCAGUGCCCCGUGAGUGGGUGUUCGGGCUACAACCCGUACUACGACGGCCUCGGCGUGGUGCUGUACCAGGGCCCGUUCACACCGACGGUCAACCCCGAGGCACCGUGGCUCACGUAUCACGAGAACUUCGCCGUGCAGGUCCCUGCGUCUUACUCCGGCGCAGCGCUGCUGGAGAUCUCGCAGUUCGAGCUUGUCGGGAAUCAGUCGGUCCCGUAUUGGGGGAUCCAGAAUAUUACUGUUAACGUUGUCUAG